AUGGGGGCCUGGAGAUAUCAGGGCCCGGAGACCCUGAUUCUGUUUGGGGUCAACCACCAGCAGCCUCUGUGGUUGGAUAAGCCCACGGUGUUCUCUGGCUUUCUCAAUAUAUCCUCGGAAGCUGCUGGAUGGAUGACCACUCAGGCUGAUGGAGCUCUAACUCUGGUCCUGUUGCCAGGCAAUCGGGAUGGGGCUAUCCUGCCCUCCCUGCUGGCGGGCAGUUAUUCCAUACCGAGGACCUUUGGUGAGGACAGCAGAACAGGUGACAGCUCCCAGAAAAAGCUCCGCUGCUGCAGUGGUGUCCAAGAGCUGCAGUCAGAAGGCAUAUGGGGCAGUGUGACCUUGAGAACAGAGCUGCGAGGCAAGGGCAGUUCCCAGAGGCCGCAGGGGCCGGUGGAGAGCAGGAGCUGGUCGGAUGCACAAUGCUGCUGCCCCUCUCAGGCCGCCCCCAGCUUUGGCCCAGUGGUAGUGCCCUGUCAGGUGAUGGCUGCAGCUGUCUUGCCAUCCUUCAUGGGGAGACUGAGAGAACAGGAUGGCCAAGGAGUCGGGAAGACGUCUCUGAUCACACGGUUCAUGUACGACAGCUUCGACAACACGUACCAGGCAACCAUUGGGAUUGACUUCUUGUCAAAAACUAUGUACUUGGAGGAUCGUACGGUGCGGCUGCAGCUCUGGGACACGGCCGGCCAGGAGAGGUUCCGCAGCCUGAUCCCCAGCUACAUCCGAGACUCCACGGUGGCCGUGGUGGUGUAUGACAUCACAAAUCUCAACUCCUUCCAGCAGACCUCGAAGUGGAUUGAUGACGUCAGGACAGAGAGGGGCAGCGAUGUCAUCAUCAUGCUGGUGGGCAACAAGACGGACCUGGCAGACAAGAGGCAGAUAACCAUCGAGGAGGGGGAGCAGCGCGCCAAAGAACUGAGCGUCAUGUUCAUCGAGACCAGCGCCAAGACUGGCUACAAUGUGAAGCAGCUCUUCCGACGUGUGGCGUCAGCUCUGCCUGGAAUGGAGAAUGUCCAGGAGAAAAGCAAAGAAGGGAUGAUCGACAUCAAGCUGGACAAACCCCAGGAACCCCCAGCCAGUGAGGGCGGCUGCUCCUGCUAA